AAUAGUUCAACCCUCAUCAGUUUAUCUGUCCCGUCCCGCUAUCUCGUGGAGUAACGUUUACCCAGACAAAGGAUAGACUACAUCCCGAGUCCAUCAUCUACCGGAGAAAGACUAAACUUUGAGACCGACCCUCCAAUUACUGACCCUCCAAUCACAGACGACCUUCCUGUCACCGACGACGACCUUCCCAAGAUGGCUGCCGACUCCGCCUCUGACGACAGCAAGUUCCUGCGGCAGGACGACGACUUCAGGAACAGUGGUGUGGGGCAGGCUGAUUGGUCGGCCAAGAAGAUGGUGUGGAUCCCGUCAGAGAAGGAGGGGUUUGAGGCCGCCAGCAUCAAGGAGGAGAAGGGAGACGAUGUGCUGGUAGAGUUGGCUAACGGUAGGAAAGCGACAGUCAACAAGGAUGACAUCCAGAAGAUGAACCCUCCUAAGUUCAGUAAGGUGGAGGACAUGGCAGCUCUAACCUGUCUCAACGAGGCCUCUGUCCUCCACAACCUCAAAGAGAGGUACUUCUCCAGCCUCAUCUACACGUAUUCAGGUCUGUUCUGUGUGGUGGAACCCUAUAAGAUGCUUCCUAUCUACUCUGAGAAGAUCAUUCAGAUAUAUAAGGGGAAGAAACGCCACGAGGUUCCUCCUCAUAUCUACUCCAUCACUGAUAACGCUUACAGGAACAUGAUGCAAGAGCGUGAGGACCAGUCAAUUCUGUGCACAGGUGAGUCUGGAGCAGGGAAGACAGAGAACACGAAGAAGGUGAUCCAGUAUCUGGCGGUGGUGGCUUCCUCUCACAAGGGCAGCAAGAAGGACACUGGAGCUGAGGCGCCAACACUAGUCAAGGGGGAGCUAGAGAAGCAGCUGCUGCAGGCUAACCCCAUACUGGAAGCCUUCGGGAACGCCAAGACCAUCAAGAACGACAACUCCUCACGAUUCGGCAAGUUUAUUAAGCUCAACUUUGACGUGACCGGAUUCCUGGUUGGAGCCAACAUCGAUACCUACCUGCUGGAGAAGUCACGCUGUAUCCGCCAAGCCAAGAUAGAGAGAGCCUUCCAUAUCUUUUACUACAUGGUGGCCGGAGCGAAGGACCAACUAAAGGAGGAGCUGUUACUGGAGGAUUUCGGGGCCUACCGGUUCCUGGUGGCAGGUCACGUGGAGGUGCCUGGUCAGGAAGAUGAUCAGAUGUUCAUAGAAACACUGGAGGCCAUGGAGAUCAUGGGUUUCUCUGAGGACGAGAGGACAGGCAUGAUGAAGGUGGUCUCCACUGUGCUCCAGCUGGGGAACAUUAAGUUCAACAAGGAGAGGAACAAUGAGCAGGCCACCAUGCCCGACAACACAGCGGCUCAGAAAGUGUGCCACCUGCAGGGUAUCAACGUGACAGACUUCACCCGUUCCGUCCUCACCCCCCGUAUCAAGGUGGGCAGAGAGGUGGUGCAGAAGGCUCAGACCAAGGAGCAGGCUGACUUUGCCAUCGAGGCCCUAGCGAAGGCCAUGUAUGAGCGGUUGUUCAGGUGGAUCCUGGCCAGGGUGAAUAAGACUCUGGAUAAGGCCAAACGUAAAGGAGCAUCAUUCCUGGGGAUCCUAGACAUCGCUGGCUUCGAAAUCUUUGAGGACAACUCGUUUGAGCAGCUGUGCAUCAACUACACCAACGAGCGUCUGCAGCAGCUGUUCAACCACACCAUGUUCAUCCUGGAGCAGGAGGAGUACAAGAGAGAGGGGAUCGACUGGGCCUUCAUAGACUUCGGCCUGGACCUGCAGCCCUGCAUCGAGCUCAUCGAGAGACCGAACAAUCCUCCAGGUAUCUUGGCUCUGUUGGAUGAGGAGUGCUGGUUCCCUAAAGCCACAGACUUGUCCUUCGUUGAGAAGCUGAUGAACACACACACGUCCCACUGCAAGUUCUCCAAACCCAAAUCACUCAAAGACAAGACUGCCUUCUCUGUUCUCCACUACGCUGGCAAGGUGGACUACAACGGGGCCAACUGGCUGACUAAGAACAUGGACCCUCUGAAUGACAACGUGACGGCUCUCCUCAACAACUCAUCCAACCCCUUCAUACAGGACCUCUGGAAGGAUGUGGACCAUGUGGUGGGUCUGGAGACCAUUACCAAGAUGUCAGAGAGCUCGGCCCCCAGCGCCACCAAGUCUAAGAAGGGCAUGUUCAGGACAGUGGGUCAGCUCUACAAGGAAUCCCUGGGCAAACUGAUGACCACGUUGAACAACACACAGCCCAACUUCAUACGCUGUAUCAUCCCCAACCACGAGAAGAGGGCAGGGAAGCUGGAUGCCAACCUGGUUCUGGAACAGUUGAGGUGUAACGGGGUUCUGGAAGGGAUCCGUAUCUGCAGACAGGGCUUCCCCAACCGCAUCGUGUUCCAAGAGUUCCGACAACGCUAUGAGAUCCUAGCAGCCAACUGCAUCCCAAAGGGUUUCAUGGACGGGAAACAGGCUUGUCAACUAAUGACACACUCUGAUGAGACUUCUGUCCACAGAGCGUUUAGUCAGCGUCAGGCCCAGCUGACUGCUAUGAAGGUGAUUCAGAGGAACUGUGCCGUCUACCUGGUCCUGAAGAACUGGCAGUGGUGGAGGCUGUUCACCAAGGUGAAGCCCCUCCUCCAGGUGACGCGACAGGAAGAAGAAAUGGGUCAGAAGGAGGAGGAGCUGAAGUCUGCCAAGGAUCUGGCUCAGAAGAGCCAGGUGGAACUGAAGGAGAUCUCCCAGAAACACACACAGGUAGUAGAGGAGCGAGCUAAACUGGAGCAGAAGCUUCAGGCGGAGACAGAGUUGUAUGCUGAGGCAGAGGAGAUGAGGGUUCGUCUGGAGGUCAAGAAGCAGGAGCUGGAGGAGGUGCUCCAUGAGAUGGAGUCGCGGCUGGAGGAAGAGGAGGAGAGAGCCACACAGCUGCAGCAGGAGAGGAAGGACAUGCAGCAGCAACUACAGGCCAUGGAGGCCCACCUGUCAGAGGAGGAGGACUCUCGUCAGAAGCUGCAGCUGGAGAAGGUGACUGUUGAGGGGAAGGUCAAGAAACUGGAGGAGGACGUUGUCAUCAUGGAGGACCAGAAUAACAAACUACUCAAGGAGCGUAAACUGUUGGAGGAGAGAAUAGCAGACUCCAGCUCUAACCUGGCUGAGGAAGAGGAGAAGUCUAAAAACCUGACCAAGCUGAAGAACAAACAUGAGUCUAUGAUCUCAGACCUGGAGGUGCGUAUGAAGAAGGAGGAGAAGGGCAGGCAGGAUGUGGAGAAGGCCAAGAGGAAGCUGGAGACAGAGCUGGCUGAUCUCCAGGAGCAGCUGGCCGACCUGCAGGCCCAGCUAGCCGAGCUCAGAGCACAGCUCGCCGCCAAGGAGGAGGAGCUACUGGCCACACAGGCCAGGUUGGAAGAGGAGUCUGCUGCAUGUGUUGCUGCGGUGCGUCGUGUCAGGGAGCUGGAGGGGUUGCUAGGUGAGAUCCAGGAGGACCUGGAGUCAGAGGGGGCUGCCAGGAGGAGGGCUGAUGCAGCCUGCAGAGACCUGGGAGAGGAGCUGAACGCUCUGAGGUCUGAGCUGGAAGACACUCUGGACACCACCGCCGCACAGCAGGAGCUACGGACGAAGCGAGAGCAGGAGGUUGCCAUGUUGAAGAAGGUGAUGGAGGAGGAAGGGAGGAACCAUGAAGCUCAGGUCCAGGAGAUGAGACAGAAACACACACAGACUGUUGAGGAACUGUCUGAACAACUGGAGCAGGCCAAGAGGGUGCGAGCCAGUCUGGAGAAGGCUAAGCAGGGAUUGGAGAAGGAGUCAUCUGACCUCAGCGCAGACCUCCACUCAUUGGCCAACGCCAAGCAGGAGGUGGAGCACAAGAGGAAGAAGGUCGAAGGUCAGCUGUCAGACUUGCAGUCGCGCUACAACGACAGCGAGAGACAGAGGGGGGAGCUGGGAGAACGAGUCUCUAAGUUGACCUCUGAGUUGGACAGUGUGAGCGGUCUGCUGAAUGAGGUGGAGGGGAAGAACAUUAAACUGUGUAAAGACCUGGUCAGUCUGGGGUCCCAGCUACAUGACUCUCAGGAGUUGUUGUCAGAGGAGACUCGUCAGAAGCUGAACCUGUCAGGUCGUCUUCGCCAGACAGAGGAAGACAGGAACAACCUUCUAGAACAGCUGGAGGAAGAG